GAACUGGGGCUCGGUUAGGGGUAGGGAGGAAUAGAAGCCGAGAAGCUUCAGUCUGAUUGUAGAGGGAGUGGAGUCGAGGGAGAAAGCAGUUCUCUCCCUCUCGGUCUUAACGUUGGUUUUGCACUCUCUGGGCGACGAGGUUUUCAAGUCAGUAGCGGUAGCUUGCUUUGCACCGGCACACACACGUGCUGAAGGGGUAACAAUGAAUUCCAUUUAUAUCGUUUGUGCACAGAAGAGGCCUUUGACAGUUUGUGGUGUGACAGCGUGUGUGUGAGGUGGCACCAUGGCCGCAAUGAUCCCUCCAGUGAAGCUGAAAUGGCUGGAGCACCUGAACAGCUCCUGGAUCGCCGAGGACAGCGAAUCCAUCUCCACACGUGAAGGCGUGACCCUGCUCUACUCCAAGCUCCUUGCCAACAAAGAAGUGGUGCUGCUCCCCCAGCAGGUGCUAUGUUUAAAAGGUCCCCAGCUGCCGGACUUUGAGCGAGAAUGUCUGUCCAGCGAUGAGCAAGAGCACUACCUGGACGCGCUGUUGGCCAGCCAGCUGGCUUUGGCCAAAACUGUCUGCUCCGACUCGCCGUUCGCUGCUGCCCUACGCAAGCGCCUUCUAGUCCUGCAACGAGUCUUUUAUGCACUUUCCAACAAGUACCAUGACAAAGGCAAAGUCAAACAGCAGCACCACUCACCUGAGAGCACACUGAGCUCUGCUGAGCUGCAGGCGGUUAGCGAGCGGCCUCGCUCCAGCACGGAUGCACUUAUAGAGAUGGGUGUGCGGACAGGUCUCAGUCUGCUCUUUGCUUUACUCCGACAGAGCUGGACGCUGCCACCCACUGGGCCUGGCCUUAACCUCUGUAAUGAUGUCAUCACUACCGCCAUUGAGGUGGUUGGCUCCUUGCCGCCACUCUCACUGGCAAAUGAAAGCAAAAUUCCACCCAUGGGCUUAGACUGCUUGGCCCAAGUGACCACGUUCCUGAAGGGAGUGACCAUGCGGCACUCGGGAGCAGAUGUGGUGGGCAGGAGGCUGGCAUGUGAGCUGCUCCUGGGACUGGCAGCUCAGAGGGGCUCCCUACGCUACCUUCUGGAGUGGGUGGAGAUGGCGCUGGCCGCCUCGGCAGGAGUCAGUAGCCUGGAGCCCAGCCAGGCUGUGCAGAGCCAAGAGGGCCUGAUGGGAUAUGACUGCUUUAUGAACAUUCUCAUGCAGAUGAGACGCUCACUGGGUUCAUCUGCAGACCGGAGCCAAUGGAGGGAGCCAACUCGCACACCAGACGGUCUGUGCUCCCUAUAUGAGGCUGCACUCUGUCUGUUUGAAGAGGUUUGUCGCAUGGCAUCGGAUUAUUCAAGGACAUGUGCAAGUCCAGACAGCAUCCAGACAGGCGAGGCAGCCAUGGUGUCUGAGACAUGUGAAGUGUAUGUCUGGGGCAGUAACAGCAGCCACCAGCUUGUGGAGGGAACUCAGGAGAAGAUCCUACAGCCUAAACUAGCACCCAGCUUCAGUGACGCACAAACGAUUGAGGCUGGUCAGUACUGCACUUUCGUCAUCUCUUCCGAUGGCUCUGUUCGGGCAUGUGGGAAAGGGAGCUAUGGUCGCCUAGGACUGGGGGAUUCUAACAACCAGUCCACUCUUAAGAAGCUAACCUUUGAACCCCAUCGCGCUAUUAAGAAGGUUUCAUCAUCCAAAGGCUCGGAUGGUCACACACUGGCAUUCACAAGUGAAGGGGAGGUGUUCAGCUGGGGUGAUGGAGACUAUGGCAAACUGGGUCAUGGUAACAGCUCUACACAGAAAUACCCCAAACUCAUACAAGGACCCCUGCAAGGAAAGGUGGUGGUGUGUGUGUCAGCAGGCUACAGACACAGUGCAGCUGUUAGUGAGGACGGGGAGCUGUACACAUGGGGAGAAGGUGACUUUGGAAGACUAGGCCAUGGUGACAGCAACAGCAGGAACAUUCCCACACUUGUAAAGGACAUCAGUAACGUGGGCGAAGUGUCCUGCGGGAGUUCCCACACCAUUGCACUGUCGAAAGAUGGCCGAACUGUCUGGUCGUUCGGAGGGGGAGACAAUGGUAAACUUGGCCAUGGUGACACUAAUCGUGUUUACAAACCGAAAGUGGUGGAGGCUCUACAGGGCAUGUUCAUCCGAAAAGUGUGUGCAGGCAGCCAGUCUUCUCUGGCCCUCACCUCCACCGGACAGGUGUAUGCAUGGGGGUGUGGUGCCUGUCUAGGAUGUGGGUCGUCUGAGGCCACUGCUCUAAGGCCAAAGUUAAUUGAGGAGCUGGCCACUACCAGGGUUGUGGACAUCUCCAUAGGAGACAGUCAUUGCCUUGCAUUGUCACAUGACAAUGAAGUCUAUGCAUGGGGUAACAACUCCAUGGGCCAGUGUGGACAAGGUAAUUCUACUGGUCCCAUUACCAAACCCAAGAAGGUCAUUGGUUUAGAUGGAGUGGCCAUUCAGCAGAUUUCUGCUGGCACCUCUCACAGCUUGGCUUGGACUGCCCUCCCUAGAGACAGGCAAGUGGUGGCAUGGCACAGGCCUUACUGUGUAGAUCUGGAGGAGAGCACUUUUUCUCAUCUGCGCUCAUUCCUGGAGCGAUAUUGUGAUGGCAUCAAUAAUGAGGUUCCCCCACUGCCUUUCCCCUCAUCCAAAGAGCAUCAUAACUUCCUGAAGCUGUGCCUGAGGCUGCUGUCCAAUCACCUGGCUUUGGCACUGGCCGGAGGUGUGGCCACAAGUAUCCUGGGGCGACAGGCACGGCCCCUCCGCAACUUGCUCUUCAGACUAAUGGAUGCAUCAGUGCCUGAUGAAAUUCAGGAGGCGGUCAUUGAGACACUGUCUGUUGGUGCCACAAUGUUGCUGCCUCCGCUGAGGGAGAGAAUGGAACUUCUACAUUCACUUCUUCCUCAAGGACCUGAUCGCUGGGAGAGCCUCUCCAAAGGACAGAGGAUGCAGCUGGACAUUAUUCUGACCAGUCUCCAGGAUCACACCCAUGUAGCAUCUCUGCUAGGCUACAGUUCUCCCCCUGAUGCCUCAGAGCCCUUGACGCUGCCCUCAGACUCCACACACACCCCUGGCACUCACCCAGACACACACCCUGAUACACACCUUGCAGAGAUCCUCAUGAAGACUUUACUCAGGAACCUUGGCUUCUAUACGGACCAGGCAUUUGGAGAGUUGGAGAAGAACAGUGAUAAGCAACUGCAGGGCACAUCUUCAUCAGACAGCAGCCAGCCAGCCCACCUUCAUGAACUCCUCUGCUCUUUACAGAAACAACUACUGGCCUACUGCCACAUUAACUCUGUUACAGAGGGCUCCAGUAGUGUGGCUCUUCUCCAUAAACACCUGCAGUUGUUGUUACCUCAUGCCACAGACAUUUUCACUCGCUCAGCUAUGCUUCUGAGAGAAAGCUCUGGAAAUGGCAGUGUGCGUGAGAAACUACGAGAUGUGAUCUACGUGUCUGCGGCUGGCAGUAUGCUGUGUCAGAUUGUGACAUCUUUGCUGUUGUUACCUGUGUGGGUGGCCCGGCCGCUGCUGAGUUUCCUUUUAGACCUUCUGCCUCCAUUAGACUGUCUCAACAGACUACUGCCAGCUGCAACCCCAUUAGAGGACCAAGAACUACAGUGGCCCCUUCAUGGAACCCCAGAGCUAGUGGAGCCAGUAUGUGUGUGUGUAUCCGGCCCAGCGCAGUGCUGGGUGUGGUUGGUUGACCUGGAACGCACAGUGGCUUUGCUUGUUGGCCGCUGCCUUGGCGGGAUGCUGCAGGGCGCCUCACCUUCACUAGAAGAACAGCAUACAGCAUACUGGCUUAAAACCCCACUGUUUAGCAAUGGCCUAGAGACAGACAUACCACAGCUAGACACAUGCAUCAGCUCUCUGCUAGAGGUGGCUCUGUGUGGGAAUGAAGAGCAGAAGCCUUUUGACUGUCCGCUGCGUGCUGACAUGAGUGUAUUAGUGGACCUGGCCCUUGGCUCCACCAAGGAACCCACACACAGUCUAUGGACCAACAUGCAGGACUAUGCAAUCAGCAAAGACUGGGACAGUGCAUCUUUGAGUAAUGAGACUCUGUUGGACACAGUGUCCCGCUUCGUUCUGGCAGCCUUUCUGAAACACACAGGGCUGCUGGGCCAAGCCUGCGGAGAGGGCAGGUAUCAGCCAUGUAAGCUGUUGGCCGAAGUGUACCGCAGUGUUUAUAAGGUGCGGAAUCGCCUUCUGGCCUGCAAAAACAUGGAGCUCACACAGACUCGUUCAUCAUCCAGAGAGCGCAGGAUCUCGGAUAAUAUAGAGUCAGUGGAGCUGGACCCGCAGGAGCACUCCUUUACCCGCACCAUUGAUGAAGAGGCUGAGCUGGAGGAGCGAGCUGACCGAGAGAGAGACCGAGAGGAGGGCCACCAGGAGCAAGAGGAGGAGGAGGAGGAGAGAGAGCAUGAAGUCAUGACAGCAGGGAAAAUCUUUCAAUGUUUCCUCUCAGCACGGGAGGUGGUUAGGGGCCGAGAGCGAGACCGUGCAGGCAGCGUCAGUGUCCAAGAAGAGCCUGUUCAGCCUGGACAAGAGCGCAAGAACAGCACUGUCAUACAGGAGGGGCAAGACCUAUACACCACCGCCUGCAAUGGAAUCAUCCACCGCUGCGCUAUGCUCCUUUUGGCCGUCAGUCCGCCACUCAUGCAGCAGACCAAUCAGCAGCUUCCCUCAGGUAGUGCCACACAGGAGGGAAGUGGAUUCAUGACAAGGAGUGAGAGCUUGUCUGCUGAAAGCCGUUCCAUUCAAAGCAGUCCAAGUUACAGACUUACUAAAUCCCGGAGUGAGUCUGACCUUUCACAACCAGAGUCUGAUGAAGAGGGAUAUUCAUUGAGUGGCAGGAGGAAUGUUGAUCUGGAUUUGGCGUUCACCCAUAAAAAGAGAGGUCUUCUCCACAGUACUCCAGACUCGUCUGCUGACUGGUUUGGUGGGCGUUCAGGCCGGGAGCGCCUGUACAGCUCCCCUCAGUCCUAUGAAGAGUCUGACCUGGACCUGAGCCGCACACUGGGCAUCCAUGCCCUCAUCGACAAUAUUGUCAGCUUUGUCAGUGGCGAUGUGGGGAGUGUGCCUACGUUCAAGGAGCCAGAGGAGAGCAUGUCCACCAGCCCACAAGCUACCAUUAUAGCCAUGGAGCAACAGCAGAGCAGGGCAGAGCUGCGUCUGGAGGCCCUUCAUCAGAUCGUGGUGUUAAUCUCUGGAAUGGAGGAGAAGAGUAGCCAGGCUGGAACGGGGGCCGUGACUGGACAUGCUGGCCCUGCCUUUCACUCUGCUUCCCUACUGACAUCGGUCCGACUGCAGUUCUUGGCGGGAUGCUUUGGCCUAGGCGCCGUCAGUAAUGGGGGACUGAAGGGUGAGAGUGUCCAGCUGCACCACUACCAGGAUGGUGUUCGAGCUGCUAAAAGAAAUUUACAAAUGGACAUUCAGACAGCAGUGCACAAAAUCUACCAGCAGCUUUCAGUCACAUUAGAAAGAGCCCUGCAAGCCAACAAGCAUCAUAUAGAGGCCCAGCAGCGGCUGCUGUUGGUGACAGUCUUUGCUCUAAGUGUGCGUUACCAGCCGGUGGAUGUGUCAUUAGCGAUUUCCAGCGGGCUGUUAGAUGUGCUUUCUCAACUGUGUGGCAAGGAGACCCUUCUGGGACAGACCCUGCAACUCCUACACAAGCCCACUGGCUCCCAGCUCAGCACAGCCCUCAAAGUGGCCAGCACUCGACUGCUGCAAAUACUCGCCAUCAGUACUGGAACAUAUGCAGACAGGUUGAGUCCCAAGGUGGUUCAGGCCCUGUUGGAUCUGCUGUGUAGUCAGCUGAAGACUCUGCUCUCCCAAGCUGCGGGCAGUGUGCUGAGUGUAAGCCCAGACCAUGAGGAGAAAAUAGAUGAUUCUGCAGAUGCCCAGAAAAAAGACUUCAGAGCAUUACUGCGUAAGCAGCACACAGCAGAGUUACAUCUGGGCGACUUUCUGGUGUUCCUAAGGAGGGUUGUGUCUUCCAAAGCUAUCCAGUCCAAGAUGGCUUCUCCAAAAUGGACUGAAGUCUUGCUCAACAUUGCAGCUCAGAAAUGCUGCUCAGGUGUUCCAUUGGUAGGUAAUUUGAGGACACGGUUACUGGCCUUGCAUGUCCUGGAGGCUGUGCUUCCUGCCUGUGAGAGUAGUGUUGAGGAUCAUCAAAUGACCCAGGUGGUAGAAAGGUUGUUUUCUCUGCUGUCUGACUGCAUGUGGGAGGCCCCGGUAGCUCAGGCCAAACACACCAUCCACCUCAAAGAGAGAGAGCAGGAGCUCAAACUCCAUGGUGAGGCGGAAGAGGAAGAGGAGAACCUACCCAUCCAGGAAGUGACCUUUGACCCAGAGAAGGCUCAGUGCUGUGUGGUGGAGAGCGGGCAGGGUCUGACGCACGGCAGUGGGGGCAAAGGGUACGGCCUGGCAGCCACAGGUAUCUCCUCAGGCUGCUACCAGUGGAAGUUCUACGUAGUGAAGGAAAAUCGUGGUAAUGAAGGCACAUGUGUGGGUGUGUCCCGCUGGCCCGUGCACGAUUUCAACCACCGCACUACAGCCGACAUGUGGCUAUACCGCGCCUACAGUGGCAACCUCUACCACAAUGGAGAACAGACACUUGCACUGUCCAGCUACACACAGGGGGACUAUAUCACCUGCGUGUUGGACAUGGAGGCCCGCACUGUGUCUUUUGGCAAAAAUGGAGAGGAGCCCAAGUUGGCCUUUGAAGAUGUGGAUGCUACAGAGCUCUACCCCUGCGUCAUGUUCUACAGCAGCAAUCCAGGAGAAAAGGUCAAAAUUUGUGACAUGCAGAUGAGAGGCACUCCCCGUGACCUUUUGCCCGGUGACCCUAUUUGCAGCCCUGUGGCCACCGUUCUGGCUGAAGCCACCUCACAGCUGGUGCGGAUCCUGCACCGCUCUGACCACUGGACACAGACCAUUAACCGCUGUAUGCUGCAGCGGCUUCAACAGAUCAGGGGCUGUCUGCGGGACGGUGGGCCGCCGCCAGGGGGUUACAGGCUACGCAAGAGCCGAUCUGCCCAGAGCCGCGAAGAGCAAGAUGAGAGAGAAGAGGAGAGGGAGGAGGAGAGAGGGAGGAGCAAUCGUCAUGCCUCGGUGGAGCUAUCGGAGGCGCAUCUGCGAACUCUGUGCAGUCAGGUUUGGCCCGUGCUGGCUGUGAUCGGAGGUACGGAUGGUGGACUAAGGGUCGGAGGUCGCUGCGUGCACAAACAGACUGGGAGACACGCCACCCUGCUGGGGGUGGUGAAGGAGGGCAGCACGUCGGCCAAAGUGCAGUGGGACGAAGCAGAGAUUACCAUCAGCUUCCCCGCUUUCUGGUCACCUAGUGACACGCCACUAUACAACUUGGAGCCAUGCGAGCCGUUGGCCUUUGAUGUGGCGCGCUUCCGAGGCCUGACAGCCACCCUGUUGCUGGACCUCACAGCUCUGGCCUCACUGCAGGAUGACGGUGCCAAGCCCUCCUCUUCGUCGUCCUCUUCCUCCCGUCGCCACGAGCGAAGGCACCGCCAUGAGUCCCAUGAUCCAGAGCGGGAGGGCGAGGGGCGGUCAGAGGGCCGAGAGGGGACAGGUGACCUACGUGUCUCCCACAGCCUGGACGAGGUGCGUGCCCACGCUGCAUGCAGCACCCGCACAGAGCCGCAGGAGCUCACAACUCCACGGGGAAGCGCGCAGGAGGCAGCAGCACUAGCUGAGGUGCAUGCAGUGCAGCUCUCCUACCUAUACCUAGGUGCCAUGAAGACUUUGAGUGUGCUCCUGAGCUGCAGCAAGUAUGCAGAGCUCCUGCUCAUUCCUAAAGUGAUACCUGACAGCGGGCACAAUGCUGACUGCGGCAGUCCAGGCGUCAGCGUCUCACAGGAGGAGGCAGAGAUGCGCUCAGCACUGCAGUUUCUCAUGAGGCACAUGGUGAAACGGGCAGUGAUGAGGUCGCCCAUCAAGCGGGCGCUGGGGCUAGCUGACCUGGAACGGGCGCAAGGUAUGAUCUACAAACUGGUGGUCAAUAGUCUCCUGGAGGAGCAGGGGGGAGGCAGAGCCAAACCAUUGGAUACAGAGUGUGAAGAGCUGGAGGGGGAGCACCAGUUCCAGACUCCAGUUACCACUUCCCCUUCAGCUUCCAGCAGCACCUCCUUCAUGAGCUCCUCUUUAGAGGACACCACCACGGCAACAACCCCAGUUACCACAGCAACCACACCGGUCACAGAUGCCGAGACUGCACCAGCCUCUGAGUCACCAGGAGUUAUGCCUCUCAGUCUGCUCAGGCAAAUGUUCUCCAGCUACCCCACAACCACUCUACUGCCAGCACGCCGAGCUCAGACCCCUCCAGUCUCAUCUUUACCCACAUCUCCAUCAGACGAACAUGGCCGCAGACAGAGCCUCACCUCCCCUGAGUCUCAGCCUGCCAGAACCACCAACAGGACAGCCCUGUCAGACCCUAGCAGUCGCCUCUCCACAUCUCCUCCUCCACCUGCCAUCGCUGUGCCUCUACUUGAGAUGGGAUUCUCACUCAGACAAAUUAUGAAAGCUCUUGAGGCUACAGGUGCACGGGGUGAGGCAGAUGCUCAGAACAUCACUGUGCUGGCCAUGUGGAUGAUUGAGCACCCUGGCACUGAAGAUUCAGAGGAACCCCAUGCUGCAACUCCUGACUCCUGCUCAGGAGCAGCUGGAGGCAAGAGUGCAGACAGAAGUUGCUUCCGCUCUCCUGGAGACAUCCCCAGUGCUGACGCCACCGAGAUGGAGGAAGGCUUCAGUGAGAGCCCUGAAGGACUAGAUCAAGACUCUGCCUCUGCCUCCACUGGCCAUGCCCCCAGAGGGCGCUCAGCAGCCAAUAGAAAGCAUCGCUUUGACCUUGCGGCACGUACUUUACUGGCUCGUGCAGCUGGGCUAUACCGCUCAGUGCAGGCCCACCGCUCUCAGGUACGGAGGGAGGGCCCUGGCCUACAACAAGACUCUCUGGGGGGUCUGUAUGACUUCAACCUAGAUGAGGAAUUGGAGCUGGAGUUGGACCAGGAGGCCAUGGAGGCCAUGUUCACCCAGGAGCUGGCCUCCGACUCGGACAUACUGGGAAUGUGGAUCCCGGAGGUACUGGAUUGGCCAACAUGGCAUGUGUGUGAAUCGGAGGACCGUGAGGAGGUGGUGGUGUGUGAGCUUUGUGAGGCAAAUGUGUCCUGCUUCAACCAGCACAUGAAAAAGAGCCAUCCAGGCUGUGGGCGCAGUGCCAACCGACAGGGUUACCGCAGCAACGGCUCCUAUGUGGAUGGUUGGUUUGGGGGCGAAUGCGGGAGUGGGAACCCCUACUACCUGCUCUGUGGAAGCUGCAGGGAGAAGUACCUCAGUAUGAAAACCAAGACCAAAGGAGCCUUGCCGGAGAGGUAUAAGGGCCAAGCUCCAGACUUGCUGGGAAAGCAAGACAGUGUCUAUGAAGAGGACUGGGACAUGCUAGAUGUGGAUGAGACUGAGCGGCUGACGGGAGAGGAGGAGUUUGAGCUGCUCUCUGCACCACUGGGACUCAGCGAACGCAGACUUGUUCCUGAGCCUGUUCAUUUUCCUGACACCGAUCCUCUCGGUGCAUCUGUUGCCAUGGUUACUGCCACUAACAGCAUGGAGGAGACUCUUCUGCAGAUAGGCUGCCAAAGUUCAGUGGAUAAGGGCUCCUCUGGCCGUAUGUCUCUGGGGGAGCAGGCAGCAGGGCUGCAGAGUUCAGCUGAUCGCCUGGUGGCUCUGAGGAGAGUUACAGCAGCUGCUCAGGUCCUGCUGGCUAGGACCAUGGUCAUGAGAGCACUCUCCCUGCUGUCAGUCAGUGGCUCCAGCUGCAGUCUGGCUGCUGGACUGGAGUCUUUGGGCCUCACAGACAUUAGGACCCUGGUACGUUUGAUGUGUCUGGCUGCAGCUGGUCGUGCUGGUCUCUCCACCGGCCUUGCCUCAGGCUCUGGAACCUCAGAGCGGCCCAGAGGAGCCAACAAGCCCACCAAACCCAUAUCCUGCCUAGCCUACCUUAGCACUGCUGUGGGCUGCCUUGCCUCCAAUAGCCCCAGUGCUGCCAAACUGCUGGUCCAGCUGUGUACCCAGAACCUGAUCUCAGCAGCCACAGGGAUGAACCUCACCACAGUGGAUGAUCCCAUCCAGAGGAAGUUUCUACCCAGCUUCCUGCGGGGUGUAGCUGAGGAGAACAAGCUGGUGACAUCACCCAACUUUGUGGUGACUCAGGCCCUGGUGGCCCUUCUAGCCGAUAAGGGAGCCAGGCUGAGACCUGGCUACGACAAGGCUGAACUAGAGAAAAGAGGGUUAAUAUCCUCUCUCUAUGCCCACCCUUCCUUUGCUCCCCCUGCUGUAGGCCCGUUGGAGCUGGCCAAUGCACUGGCGGCGUGCUGCCUCUCAUCUCGCCUCUCCUCGCAGCACCGUCAAUGGGCUGCACAGCAGCUGGUGCGUACACUAGCUGCCCAUGACAGGGACAACCAGAGUCGACCACAGACCUUUGCUGACAUGGCCGGAGACCUGCGCAAGUGCUCCACCAUCAAGCUAGAGGCUCACCAGGGCAGGGUAAUCUCCUGUGGAUGGUGCAAUAAAAAGGGUUUGCUGGCCACCAGUGGGAAUGAUGGAACAGUUCGUGUGUGGAAUGUGACCAAAAACCAGUAUACUCUGCAGCAGACAUGUGUCUUCAACAAAAUAGAUGGUUCCCCUGAGGAGUGUGUAAGUGGACUGGGGUCUCCAGGUGAGCCAGGCUUGGCACCAGUGGCCUGGAGCAUGAGCGGGAAGUUCCUCGCUGCUGCCAUGGAGAAAAUAAUUAACAUCUGGCAGGUCAAUGGUGGUAAGGGCAUGCUGGACAUCCAGCCUCACUGGGUGUCAUCGUUGGCAUGGCCAGAAAAUGAGCCAGGGUGUCUGUGGGCUGGGGAGCCACAUGAGCUUCUGUUGGUUGGUCGCAUGGAUGGAACCCUAGGCCUGCUUGAAGUUCUAGAUGCCUCUAACAUGCAAAGAACCGAACUCCAGCAUUGCUACAGAAAAGACGUUGCUGUUAUGCACAUUGCAUGGUACAGUGAGGACCGUCCCUUCGCUGUAGGCUAUGCUGAUGGAAAGCUUCUGAUUGGCUCCAGAGAACCACUAGAGAAUGGGUCUGUGGUGGUCAUUGACGCUCACAAGGAGAGCAUCAGUUCAUUGCGUUGGGCUCCAGGUGGCCAGGUUCUAUUAAGCUGUGCCAAAGAGGAGACAGUGCAUCUAUGGACAGGGUCUGGAGCAGGGUUAGGAUGGAGCUGGGCUUGUAUUCAGAGCAUCACUCACCCCACUAUUGUGAAUGCUGUUGCUUGGUGCCACCUGCCUGGGCAAGGACCCAAGGCACUGAAUAUGUUGGCCACGUGUUGUCAGAAUGGACUUGUGUCUGUAUGGACAGUGCCUCAGGAUCCUUCAUCCUUCUCCCAGUCCAGCUCAGCCAGCUCAGAGGCAUGGUGGGAAACAGAGUCAAAGUCUAAACCUAGGCUGACACCACGACGAUGUGAGGCAGCAACAUGUGUGUUCCAGCUACGGGGUCACAUGACCCCAGUUCGGACAGUAGCGUUCAGUCCUGAUGGUCUGGCUUUGGUUUCUGGCGGUGUUGGAGGACUCUUGAACAUCUGGUCCCUACGGGAUGGCUCAGUGCUGCAAACUGUGGUUGCUGGCUCUGGAGCCAUUCAAAACACUGUGUGGAUCCCAGAUGUUGGUGUGGCUGUCUGUUCCAACCGCUCAAAGGAUAUUCUGGUUGUCAACUGCUCCACGGAGUUCAUGACAGCCAGUCAUGUACUGGCAACCUGCCGCACUGCUCUAAAAAAGCAGGGGGUUGUAGGACUGAACAUGGCUCCAUGCAUGAGGGCCUUCCUGGAGAGACUUCCCAUCAUGCUCCAGGAGCAAUAUGCCUAUGAGAAGCCACACGUGGUGUGUGGAGAGCAGCUGAUCCACAGCCCCUACAUGCAGUGUCUGGCCUCUCUGGUGGUGGGGCUACAACUGGACACUCUUCUGUGCCGGCCCCCAGUCCCUCCUCAUCUGGCCCACUGUCCCGUUGAGCCAGGCUCCUCAACAUCAUCUUCUUCCUCUUCCUCGCAUUCUUGGGGCAGCAGCGAGUGGUCAUGGCUUCACUGCUUCUCCACCACUGUCAAAACAGCCGAGGCACUCGCUCGCGGACACACCUUUCCAGAAUCUUUCUGCGUGCCUGAUCUGGAGCCUGUGGCAAAGGACAAGAUGGCACUGCUUAUGGACAAUAGUAAAUGGGUUCCUGGGAUGGAUGAGCAGAUAAUGGCCUGGGCCACCUCCAGACCAGAGGACUGGCACCUGGGUGGAAAGUGUGAUGUGUAUCUGUGGGGGGCGGGCCGCCAUGGUCAACUCGCUGAGGCCGGACGCAACAUUCUUGUGCCAACAGCUGCCCCUUCUUUCUCUCAAGCUCAACAGGUUGUGUGCGGGCAGAACUGCACGUUUGUAAUUCAGGCGAAUGGGACAGUAUCUGCAUGUGGAGAGGGAAGUUAUGGCCGCCUGGGGCAGGGGAACUCUGAUGACCUGCACGUUCUCACAGUCAUCUCAGCACUGCAAGGGUUUGUAGUGACUCAGCUGGUCACAUCAUGCGGCUCUGAUGGGCACUCGAUGGCUCUGACUGAGAGUGGCGAAGUGUUCAGCUGGGGAGACGGAGACUAUGGCAAACUGGGCCACGGAAACAGCGACCGACAACGAAGACCACGCCAGAUAGAGGCCCUGCAAGGAGAGGAGGUGGUGCAGAUGUCAUGUGGAUUUAAGCACUCAGCUGUAGUGACAGCGGAUGGUAAACUCUUUUCUUUUGGGAAUGGAGACUAUGGCAGGUUGGGCCUGGGUAACACCUCUAACAAGAAGCUGCCUGAGAGAGUCACUGCCCUGGAGGGCCAUCAAGUUGGUCAGGUCGCAUGUGGGCUAAAUCACACCUUGGCUAUGUCAGCUGAUGGAAUGACUGUCUGGGCAUUUGGAGAUGGAGACUAUGGGAAACUUGGCCUUGGAAAUUCAACUGCGAAAUCUUCUCCACAGAAAGUGGAUGUUCUGUGUGGCAUUGGGAUUAAGAAGGUGGCUUGUGGGACACAGUUCUCUGUGGCUUUGACCAAAGAUGGGAAUGUUUACACUUUUGGGCAAGAUCGGCUGAUUGGUCUUCCAGAGGGGCGGGCACGCAAUCACAACCGCCCACAGCAGGUCCCCGCCCUUGCAGAUGUGUUCAUUGAGGAUGUGGCUGUUGGGGCAGAGCAUACCCUUGCUCUCUCGUCCGCAGGAGAUGUUUAUGCUUGGGGGAGCAAUUCAGAGGGACAGCUGGGCCUGGGUCACACAAACCAUGUAAGAGAGCCAACUCUCCUCACUGCUCUACAAGGCAAGAACAUCCAGCAGAUCUCUGCAGGACGCUGCCAUAGUGCAGCAUGGACUGCACCAUCUGUCCCACCAAGAGCACCAGGGUCGUCAGUGCCGCUGCAGUUGGGCUUGCCCAUGUGUGUGCCUCCUCAGUACAGUGCUCUGAGAGACAUCAGCAUGGAGGCUCUGAGAGCCAGGCUGCGUCUUCUCUACCAUUUCUCUGACCUUAUGUAUUCCUCCUGGAGACUGCUCAACCUCAGUCCCAACAAUCAGAGUUGCACAUCUCAUUAUAAUCCAGGAACAUGGGGAAUAGUUCAGGGGCAGCUGCGGCCCCUGCUGGCACCAAGGGUCUAUAUGCUCCCAAUGGUGCGGUCUAUUGGCAAAACCAUGGUGCAGGGUAAAAACUAUGGCCCUCAGAUUACUGUCAAGAGAAUCUCCACUCGGGGCAGGAAAUGUAAGCCCAUCUUCAUUCAGAUUGCUCGUCAGGUGGUCAAACUGAAUGCAUCUGACCUCAGGCUGCCAUCCCGUGCCUGGAAGGUUAAGCUGGUGGGAGAAGGGGCUGACGAUGCAGGGGGGGUGUUUGAUGAUACAAUCACUGAAAUGUGCCAGGAGCUUGAGACAGGAGUGGUUGACCUGCUUAUCCCCUCCCCUAAUGCCACAGCAGAAGUGGGCUACAACAGAGACAGAUUCCUGUUGAAUCCCUCAGCAUGUUUGGAGGAGCAUUUGCUACAGUUCAAGUUCCUGGGCAUCUUGAUGGGCGUGGCUAUCCGCACCAAGAAGCCACUGGACCUGCACCUGGCACCACUGGUGUGGAAGCAGCUGUGCUGUAUUCCACUCACAUUGGAGGACCUGGAGGAAGUAGACCUGCUCUAUGUGCAGACACUCAACAGCAUUCUACACUUGGAGGACAGCAGCAUCACUGAGCAGAACUUCCAUGAGAUGAUUCCCCUCGACUCAUUUGUGGGCCAGAGUGCUGAUGGGAAAAUGGUGCCCAUCAUUCCAGGAGGAAACAGCAUCCCUUUGACCUUUUCUAACAGGAAGGAGUAUGUGGAACGUGCCAUUGAGUACCGACUACAUGAAAUUGACCGUCAGGUGGCGGCAGUGCGAGAGGGCAUGUCUUGGAUUGUGCCGGUUCCUCUUCUCUCUCUGCUUACGGCGCGGCAGCUGGAGCAGAUGGUGUGCGGCCUGCCUGAGAUCAGCGUGGAGGUGCUAAAGAAGGUGGUGCGCUACCGGGAGGUGGAGGAGCAGCAGCAGCUGGUGCAGUGGUUCUGGCAGACGCUGGAAGAGUUCUCAAACGAGGAGCGAGUGCUCUUCAUGCGCUUUGUCUCAGGCCGUUCGCGUCUCCCUGCUAACACUGCUGACAUCUCACAGCGCUUCCAGAUCAUGAAGGUGGACCGGCCGUAUGACAGUCUUCCCACCUCUCAGACCUGUUUCUUCCAGCUCCGCCUCCCGCCCUACUCCAGCCAAUCAGUGAUGGCGGAGCGGCUUCGCUACGCUAUCAAUAACUGCCGUUCUAUUGACAUGGACAACUACAUGUUGUCUCGCAAUGUGGACAAUGCUGAGGGUUCGGACACAGACUACUAAGCCCUCCAUGCACAAGAACAGACGUACAGAAAAUCCUGUAUGGACCCUGUUGAAGACUCGGUGCAGGCUUUUGUCACUUUUAAACAUUCAGUGUUCUCAUACACAUUUAAACACAUUUGAUUCAGUGUUUUUAUUUUCACUUAAUUUCUUAGCAGUUUAAGCAAGUGGAGCUAGGGUGGGCCAGAGUAUCAAUUAGGAUAUAUAAAAUUUUCUAUGCUUUCACACGCUCUUUCUCUUACUCUCUUCAGCGCAUUCUUUCACCUUUUCUUUGUUGAUUUUUUGGCACCACCCCAUUUUCAGGGUUUUCUGCAUGAACAUAUGUUUAUUUAAUUUAGGAAAAAAAAUGUAUAAAAUGAUUUAUUGAAAAAAAAAAAAAAACAAUAUUGUACAUUGUGUAUAAUGCUUCAUUAGGAAAUUGUUUUACCUAAGUGUCCAUAUUUAUUUUGUUUUAAUUUUUGAAUUGCCUACGCCCAGUUUCAUAACAGAGACAAAUAAAUGCUUCAAUAUUA